UAAGUCUCUGUAUACCGUACUUUCUACAAGUUCUUUUUAUCCAAAAAUGGCAACUGUACAUAAUCCUAAUAACUGGCACUGGGUUGAAAAAAACUGCGUGCCAUGGGCCAAAGAGUAUUUCGAUGAAAACCUCUACAAGGUGUCUGUCCCAUCCGGCGAGUACAAAAUCUCUGUUAAAUCCAUCAAUUCAGUCUCGGGAGAUUGCGAUGUUACGCAAAGAAAAGGGAAAGUGAAGUGCCUCUUUGAACUGAAAGUUGAAUUUGUUGUGAUCGUAAUCAACAGUGAACAAGAAGAAGAGGAGGUGACUAUUGUUUUGCCAGAGUUUGAACAUGACUACGACGAGAGCGAUUUCAACUUUGAAGUCCGCACUUCUAAGCUACCAUGUAAAACAGCAGUGAGGAAACAAUUUUUACCUUUAGCCGUUAAAGAAGUAUUUUUAAAAUUCCAGCCGGACUUGAUAGCAACCCAUGAAGUUGGAAUGAAACAUAACACAGAUUAGGUUAUUCAGAUGGAUUGCUAAAUAAAGAUUAUACUAGCUUUAUGCAUUCUGCAUUUUAGUGCGUAAUUAUAGAUUUAUAGUACAAACCGAAAGACAUACAAAUUGUUAACAACUAAGUGAUAUAUCUAUCUAACUCAAGAGAAACCUUCAGGAACACCUGCUGCAUGACGCUGGUUCUUCUUACUUAUAUAACAGCCAAUUCCACCUUUGAAACGUGAAUUUAUUCCACCGUGAUCUAACUGGAGCCAUUCAUAGUCACCCUCUACAAUGCUCUUCAAAACACGAAAUGCGUCGACUGUAGCGUAAGGCACGCCAUUGGUUGGAUCGUAAUACAUCGCAGGUAAACCACUCGUAGGACAGAUUUUCUUUUGACCAUUGGGCAAAUGGAUCCCCACCGGGGCAGGUGUAUGAAUUUGAACAACUUCAUUUUCGUCUUCCUCAAGUUGUCCAUUACCAUCGUCAAUAGCCGUAAUC